AAAAGCGCACCAAGGGGGAGUCGAUCGUCUUUUUCUUGCUAUAUAGAGCGGCCGAAAUUCAGCCCGACCCGACCGGCGAUGAACAAGCUGAACAUCAAGGAGGCGAACGAGCACUUGAAGCAGCUUCACCGCCGAGUCAUCGAGCUGGAGAACCAGGUACACAUGCACGCCCUCCACAGUCAGGAACUGGAGAAGACGAAUGCGGAGCUGAGGGCUCGACUGGAAGCCGCCGAACUGAGCAGGCAGCGAGAACUCGAGGCCAAAGACGCCCAGAAUGCAGAGCUGGUUAGUCGACUGGGUGAGGGCGAGGCGCGGGUUGACGUACUGUUGCGGGCGGCGGAGGAGAGGGAUCGGCUGGUGGAAGACUUGGAGGUAAAGGCGCGGCUGUUUUACGAAGUGGUGGAACACAGAGCUGCUCUCGGAAGAAUUGUGGAGGUUUUGGACGAGAUUCACAAGCAGAAAAGGGCGUCAGAGAAGGCGAGUCCGGCGAGCCCAGCAAAGCUAAACGGAGAGAGACUAGAUGAAAGCAACAGAACUUCGCCAGCAGAUAGCAAUGGUACCCAAUCUCCCCCAUACUUAGAGAGUCCUCAUGUGAAUAGUAUCACAUGACCUUGUUCCCGCAACAC